AUGGCUGAACAGCAUGGAGCUCCGGAGCAGGCUGCAGCUGGCAAGAGCCAUGGAGGCCUAGGGGGCAGCUACAAGGUGAUCGUGUACGAAAUGGAGAACUUCCAGGGCAAGCGGUGCGAGCUCUCGGCUGAGUGCCCCAACCUGACAGAGAGCCUGCUGGAGAAGGUGGGCUCCAUCCAGGUGGAGUCUGGGCCGUGGCUGGCGUUCGAGCGCAGAGCCUUCCGCGGGGAGCAGUUUGUCCUGGAGAAGGGCGAUUACCCUCGCUGGGAUGCCUGGUCCAACAGCCACCACAGUGACAGCCUCCUGUCCCUCCGGCCUCUGCACAUCGAUGGCCCAGAUCACAAACUGCACCUGUUCGAGAACCCAGCCUUCAGCGGCCGCAAGAUGGAAAUAGUGGACGACGACGUGCCCAGCCUCUGGGCGCACGGCUUCCAGGACCGCGUGGCGAGCAUCCGGGCCGUCAACGGGACGUGGGUUGGCUAUGAGUUCCCGGGCUACCGCGGGCGCCAGUACGUGUUCGAGCGGGGCGAGUACCGCCACUGGAACGAGUGGGACGCUAACCAGCCGCAGCUGCAGUCCGUGCGCCGCAUCCGGGACCAGAAGUGGCACAAGCGGGGCUGCUUCCUCAGCAGCUGA